UUGAUAGGAUCCAAAAGGAUUGCAGGCAUUGCACUCUUGACAGCCAAGACAUUCGUCCUUCUGCCAGACGAGGAAGAAGACGACGACGCAGAGAGAGAGAGAGAGAGAGAGAGAGAGAGAUGGAGAUUAUCUAUCUCCUAUGCUCAAUCCUCUGCACUUCGACGACAUCUCUCUUCCUCUCCAUCUUCCUCCCAUUUCGCGUCUUGCUCGGUCGCGUCUCCGGCUCACGCGCCGCCGCGACCACACUCUACGAAGGCACCGUCUGGCAUGACCGCCUCCGUCCCGUCCGCCAUUCCUUCCGCUACUCCGUCCGAUACGCUCUCUUCGACCUCGACCACGCGCCUGACGCGCCGCCAGACCACCUCUCCGCCGAUGACGCUCGCCGUGUUGCUCAUACCACCGGGCCCAUUUUUCUCUUGACAAUACCUCCGAGCGUCGGGUACGAGCAGAAUCCCCUGAGUUUGUAUUACUGCUAUGAUAUCGAAGGUUCUAGCCGGCGAUUAAGGAAAUGCAUUGCUCAGGUUACAAAUACACCAUGGGGCGAAAGGGUGACUUUCGUUUUCAACCCAGAAUCUGACCUCAUUGCUAAGUCUUUACAAGUCAGUCCUUUCAUGGAUAUGCUUGGCAACUGGAAAAUCAGAGCCAGUGAUCCCGGUGAUGAUUUACACGUCUCAAUUGAAGUGCUCUUUUUUUCCUCUUUGGUAAGAUCAAAUCCACACACACGCAUAUAUACACACAUAUACAUAUAUGCUACACGAGUGUCUGAUCAUGCAAUUUUCUUCUGGCUGAUGCCUCACAAGGUUGCAAUAUGGAUAUAUUGGCAUGCACUUAAGCUGUGGUGGAAGAAUGUGUCAUUCAUCCAACACCCGAGAUACUCAAACCCGUCAUACAAGGAAGAUGCCAUUCUCCGUGAUCAAAAACUUCGAUGUGGUGGUUUAGAUGAGUCUGAUCAAGACGAAAUCAUGGAAGUUGAUGGGUUCAAUGCUGGAAGCUGUGGUAAUUUUGGAGCAUGUCGUUUUGCAUGGAGAGAUGCUAAAUGGCCAUGGUCAUGAGACUUGUAGGUAUAACCAUGCUCAUCUUUCUAUAUGUUGUUGUCAAGAAUCCUGCUAUGUCGAGACCCGAGGGCCGUGGUCCCGAGGGUCACGCACUGACCGUGGCCCCCCGAGCCUAAACCCCGAAACGAAACCAUGAUUUUUCUUCCACACUCAAGAAUCUAAGCCUAAGAGUUCUUGGCAUUCUAGGGUCACUUGUAGAAUCUUCCUUUAUGUUGAGAUGAUGAAGCAAAUAAGAAGUUAAAAAAAAUAUUGGAAGUGAUUGACAAGAUUA